UGUGUAAAUGGACGGCUCCAGUCUGCAGGGACGUCGCGAGAAUCUCAAAGCCCAAAUCAACCGGAUCACAAGUGAAACAACUUGUUAAACACGAAUUAGGACGAAUUCAUCUCCGACUUCGACAGCACGCUCCUAAAGAUGACAAGAACACGAACAGCCAGAGGAGACUCACCCCCCACCUUCCUCUUCCUCCUCUUCCUUUCCCUCCCUCCUCCUCCUCAUCCUCCCAUCCAUCCGCGCUUCCUUUCUUUCUCCUCUCCCGCUGGAUGGUGCGUUAGGAGCGCGUGCGGGAAGGCACCGGGACUCUCCUUUCUUCUUCUUCUUCUUCUCGGAUGGAGACGGGCUGAGCUGAGCAGAGUCCAGGUCCAGGUCCAGCUCCACCUCCAGCUCCUCUGUCGGUGGAAAAGCCGCUGCUGAGAGCCGGGGCAAGCAGCAGGAAGGGGAGACGCGAUCCUCCAUCAUCCAAAGGCCUCCUGCGUCUCUUCCAGGGGCGUGUCGCUGGGGAUCGUGUCCGCACCAUGCUCGUGUAGCCCGCUCGGUACCGAAGGAGUCUUCUGCAGCUCGUCGCGUCUCCAUGCAUUCUUCAAGGCCAGAGCCGGGCUCGGCGGGAGCGGAGCGCCACAGGCCCGCGCCGGCCCAGACCCCCGACGACUGGGACGGGUGGAGGGAUCGAGGGAUCGCCGGGUGGAGGGACGCGGGGAGGGAAGGCUGGAGGGAGGGCAGGGAGAGCGGCGUGGUGCAGAGCUACAGCUUCGAUUCGUACCAGCUGGAGGAGGAGGAGAUCAGUAAGGAUGCCCCAGAGCGAGGAGUGCUGGCUCUGUCUGAGCCUGACUUUGAGCAGCCGAUCCCCGAUGACCGUUACCAUGGCAUCUACUUUGCGAUGCUGCUGGCUGGAGUGGGUUUCCUGCUGCCAUACAACAGCUUCAUCACCGACGUCGACUACCUGCAUCACAAGUUUCAAGGGACGUCCAUAGUGUUUGACAUGAGUCUGACGUACAUAGUGGUCGCUCUGCUGGCUGUGAUCCUCAACAAUGUGCUGGUGGAGAGGCUCAGCAUGCACACCAGGAUUACUGUGGGAUACAUCUUGGCGUUGGGGCCGCUCAUCUUUGUCAGCUUGUUUGAUGUCUGGUUGGAAAAAUUCACCACCAAGCAGGCUUACGUCAUCAACCUGUUGUCAGUGGGAGUGGUGGCCUUCGGAUGCACAGUGCAGCAGUCCAGUUUCUAUGGUUACAUGGGGAUGCUGCCCAAGAGGUACACUCAAGGGGUGAUGACUGGGGAAAGCACAGCCGGAGUGAUCAUCUCGCUGUCUCGCAUCUUCACCAAGCUGCUGAUCCCUGACGAGAAGAAGAACACCCUGAUCUUCUUCCUGAUCUCCAUCAGCAUGGAGAUGCUGUGCUUUCUGCUGCACCUCGUCGUCCGACGCUCGCGGUUCGUCCGCUACUACACCGGCCACGCCCAGGGCAAAGGUCAAGUCAAAUGUCACGACCCGCGGGACGCCGGAACUGGAUACAGGGUCCAUCACGACGUCACCGCAGAGGAAGUGAUAUUUGGAAACGGAGGAACGGCGCCGUCCUCCGCAGAGGAAGGCCAUGAGGAUUUUGUGGGCGGGACUUACGUGAGAUUCGACGCCCCGAAAGCCAAGAUCAGGAAGAGCUGGCCCGGCGUCCGAGACAUGAUUCUGCAUCGCUACAUGGUGUCGCGUGUCAUCUGGGCCUACAUGCUGUCUAUAGCUGUGACCUACAGCAUCACCCUGUGCCUGUUCCCCGGCCUGGAGUCAGAGAUCAGGAACAAAGCCUUGGGGGAAUGGCUGCCCAUCCUCAUCAUGGCCACAUUCAACAUGUCCGACUUUGUCGGGAAGAUCCUGGCGGCGCUGCCCUACGAUUGGUCCGGGGGCCGCCUGCUCUUCUUCUCCUGCCUGAGGGUGGUCUUCAUCCCGCUGUUCGUGAUGUGUGUGUACCCGGUGAGCGCGCCCAUGCUGUCCCACCCUGCCUGGCCGUGUCUCUUCUCCCUCCUCAUGGGAGUCACCAACGGCUACUUUGGGUCCGUGCCGAUGAUCCAGGCGGCUGGGAAAGUACCGCCUGAGCAGAGGGAGCUGGCAGGAAACACAAUGACUGUUUCCUACAUGACGGGUCUGAUGGUGGGCUCCUCUGUGGCGUACGCAACGUACAGCUUCACCCCGACGGCGGCCGGAGCGCGCCUCCCCACGCACGCGCCUCUCAAUGCGACAGGGUACUGAAUGUCCACAUAGACCGCAACACGCACACACAUAAUUAUAUAUCUACCCAUGUGCAGCAGACGCAAGCAUUUAAAGUUGUAGCAACAUUUUCAUCCUGUGUGGUGAAGUUUCUAAGAAGAAGAGCGGAGUUGGAGCUGCGCCCCCUGGGGUCGACGUGCCUGACCUUUGAGAAUCGCUCAGUGAAAUUACUGCCUGCAUGAGAGCGAACUGAUCGUCUGACAUUUGUAAGGUGUGAAGGCGAGUGGUGUUUCGCUGCGAGGAGCGGAGCGCCGUUUGUGUCGAACGAGUUACACUGGUCGUAUCUGAUGAUGUCCCAGAGCUGCUCAGAGUUCAGAGGAAGGUCGAGGGAGUCAUGGAGGUCAUUCGGGGGUCAUCGGAAUAACCCUUUCAGCACCUGAAGACAUAUUAAUGGUGAAAUAAAUGCAAAAACACAAAAUCUUAACACAUUUUUUUGUCUAGUUUCUAUUGCAAAUAUAAAUAAGACAGAACGAUGUUACAGGUAACUUUUCAGCAAGAUAAGAUCUUGUUUUAAGUCAAUAAUUCAUUAAUAUUGCUGAAACAUAUUUAGGAUUGUUGUUCCAUUGGCAGAUUAUAAGUGAAAUAAUCUGCCAGUGGAACAAUACAUUUUUCCCUUAUUAUUAGUUCAAAUGGCUUGUUCCACUGGCAGAUCAUUUCACUUAUAACUCAUAAUUUUUCAACAAUUUUAAGGAAUUAUUGACUUAAAACAAGCUCCUAUUUAACUUAUUUACUAUUUGUCUGGUAAAAUUAUGUGUUUUUGCUGCGUAUUUACCUCUACCAGACUGACCUUAAAGUAUAAUUUUCCCCUGUUUUAUAGUAAUAUCAAUGAUCUGAGAUGUCAACAUUACUAUGCGGUUUAUAUCAGCAUAAAUCAGAGAAUAUUUCUACCGACGACUCUUUCAGUCAUCAUAGUUAUAUCUAACAGCUAAACCUCCCUGGUUCUAUUCAGUGCACGUCUUUUAUGUAAGUUGUCAGUAUGUUGCCCAAAAAUAUUAAUGUUUUUAACUAAUUUAUGUUAAUGUGCUUCUUUUACACUGGUUUACCUCAAUAAAGCUGAAUAUUAAGUGUAUUUCAGAAUUAAAGAAUAUUUUAAAGCAUAAAAGAGACAGAAAGUCUGUACAUGAGUAUAUACUAGCAUGCCAGCAGUCGGAUUCUUUUAUGUAGCUGUUAUUGUAGCUGAGCAAGAUGGACGACUCUCAGUAGCAACAGGCUGAAGAAGGUGCAGGACAAAAACAUGUAUUCCUUUGUGUGUAAGAAGCCUUGAAAUGAACCCAACAGCAGUAACAUAACCUGACUGUAAUUAGCUGAAAUUAUAGAAAAAUUCACCCUUUUUUACCCUUUUUCAGUAGGUAAAAUGUAGGUUUUUACCUACUGAAUAAACCUACAUUUAUUCAGUAGGUUAGUGGCUGGAUGAUAUCGGAUCAGGACUUGAUCCAAUCUCUGAUCUGGUUGUUUUGGCACCAGAACCCCGAGAGAAGGAAGUUAAAGAAGAGAAAUAGUCUCAAAGGUUCACUGUUUGUUUUCUAUUAAUUAUAAUGAUUAAAUGCUAUUAGUACGUUUCCAUGUUUGUGCUGCACGUAAAUAUGUGAAUGUAUUGAACAGUUUUAUGGGACAGAAUAUGAAUAGCAGAGGGGCCAAUGAUUUAAACAUAAAUAAAUGUUUUCAUGUCUUUUAAAAAUGUUCACAGUGAAUCUCACUUUAAUGCUCCUGCAUUAAAAGUAAUAUGGGUUUUAGGGCUUUUACGUUUGUUUUUGUGGGGAUGUAAUGGAUGUGGCCAGCACCACGUGCGUUAUCAUUUACACCCUGCAAAAAAAAUCAAUCCAUUCCAAUUUUUACAGAUGAUUUCACUUAUUCUUUGGUGCCACAUUGAAACAUUUAGAUCAGUAAGCUGGAACAUUUUUGGUUCAAAUGUUUACAAUGUUUACCUUUUGUAUUUCUGCUUUUAAUCAUUUCUUUUAACAAGCUGCAGGUCUGAUUUAUUAAAAUAAACAUUUUGUUCUCUCCUAACUGACGGAUACAUAAAUCUUAGAGACUUAGACUUAGACUUAGACUUGACUUUAUUGAUCCCUUGGGAAGACUCCCUCAGGAAAUUAUAGUUACCAGCAGCUCACAGGCAAAAAUGUGGCACACAGUAAGCAUACACAAAAUACAAAAAAAUACAAAUUAAAUACAAAACAAAGAAUAUAAAUACAACACAAAAGGAAAUUAUAGCAAUUUGGUCGAUAGAUUGACCAGUGAUUUAUAUUGACCUGGUAUUUAUAUUAUAAAUAUCUAUGUAUAUAAAUCUGCUAAUGUCUUUCUGAGCUCAUGUUUGAGACCUCUUAGACUCUGAAAGUGAUCUGUGGUUAUCAGCAUAAAAAUGAGGGGAAACAAACAGUGUGGGAAAAAAAAUCAGGUGGUGCCAAACGUUUGCCUGAAUUUAAAGCUCUUACUAUACAACAUGAAAUGCUCUCAAUACAGAAUAUAGUUUUUGUUUCAUCAAAUGUAAAUUUGAAUUUAGAAUUGAUUUUUAGGAUCUGAGUGUGUUCAGGCUUCAGGUGCACUGUGUUACCUACACUAAUAACUGAGCUGUUAGAGGAAAUGUUUGUAGUCAUUUGGGAGAUAACCUCAUUACUCUGUGUGUGUGUGUGUGUGUGUGUGUGUGUGUGUGUGUGUGUGUGUGUGUGUGUGUGUGUGUGUGUGUGUGUGUGUGUGUGUGUGUGGGUGUGUUCUGCUAUUAAGAGAGCAUCAUAUUUCCCUAGACCUUUCUGGACUGCAAGUUUGAAGGUGUCUUUACUUUGUGAGAUGUGUUGGUAAAGGACAUGAAAAGUCUGUUUAGCGCAUGAGAAAAAUGAGAAUUGAGAGUGAGGAAAAAUCCCUUUUUCUUGUAAAUGUAUACAAAGACCUUAAGCUGAUUUAAAGCAACAGUUCUGGGACUUUGAAUGAGAGAUGUCUUGCUUGGAGAUGGAUAAAAUCAUAUUUCUGUUUGUAAACCAAGAAGGAAAUUGAGAAUUUUAUGAAUAUAGUGCAACAUGAUCAAUUUUAACGGUGCCGGUCAGCAGCGAUUAUCUUCUUUUUAAAAAAAUUGGCCAUAUUUGAAAUGCUUGUCGUUAUUGAAUGGACAACAUUAAUUUAAAAAUGAAUGACACAUACAAACUGAAACUGGACAUCCAGUCUGAAUUACAAAUCCUCUGACCGCAUUGUACCAAAAGUGGCUGAAAUGUGAGGUUGUUCCACAUGAGCACAAUGGUCACCAAAGAAGAAAGUUAUUACCAAAUCUUCAAUUUCUUAGAUUGAUAUGGUAGUUUUGUCAGUGUGAACUCGAAAGCUUUAGCUUGAAAACCUAGCAAACUGGCAUCCUACCCGGAUAUUUAAAAUUGAGCUUUAAAAUUUUAAGUUUUCCUUUCAUUUAAUUUACCAAAAUGGCAAAUAACCAUUUGAGACAAAAUAUCAAAUAAAAUAACUGAAAUUCUGCCAGGUUUCAGAUAAACAUUGUUCUAAUUCUGACCUUAUGUUAGCAAGCUAUCAGAGAUUAUUUAGUUCACAGAAUAUAAUGAUGGAACUUGACAGCCUCACACAUAACCAAUCUCCACAUUACCGUGAUGGUUUAAAUGCAGUAUGAUGAUGUAGUUAUCAAAAUGGCAUCCUGAGGACUCAAACUCAAGCUAAGUCUAUCUACAAUUUUCUAACACCAAAAAAUCUCUGGCUGUUAAACCUACUUGUACAGCUAAUACUGUACAUGUGAUGAAUGGGACAAAGUCAAAACACUAAGAUAUACUCUGAUAUCCAUCAUAGCAGCAGCUAACUAAACUGAUAUGUGUGAAUGUUAAGAAUAAAUAUUGACAUCAAAGUCAUUGAUUUUACCAUUAUUUGACAUCAGCAGAUAUUCUGUAAGGGGAGAAAAAAGCAAAACCCACCAGAAUACAAUGUAUUUUUUUGACAUGAGAAACUUUAUGCUCACAAACAACAUCUCACUAGUCUUUCUGUAGAAUCUAUCAGAGCGGUUUCUGCAACGUGUUCUCAUCCUUCAAGUUUAGAUUAUUUCUUAUUUUAAAGCCAAGCUUUAAUGGCUCUCUGGGGAAGGUGAGGGUGCUCAUUCAAUCAUUUCUGUGGUGCCAUUAAGAAGCCACAUAAAAUGUUAAUGUUUUUCAAUUAGAUUUUUUUUUGUCAAGAAUACAAUCUAUUUUUUGCACAUUGCUCCGCUGUUCCAUCAGGCGCAUCAUAUGUCAGUUCUUUUCCAUUUUAAGGGGCGUAGCUCCAAAUGCUCUGUCUUGCGUUAAGCGUAUGUUAAAAGUACUUGUGUGUUUUGAAAAAUAAUGGGAUAAAUAUGCUUUAUUUUUUUAUACUUUUAAGAUUUUUAGGUUUCCUGGCUGUAAAACAUAUUGAUGAUACUUGGCCUUUAAUCCCAUCCAUGAGUUUCAUUUUCUCACCUGCAACAGGCGGUUUCAACAGAACAUGUGACUGCACACUGUGAGAAAUUGUGUGAAAAAGGGUAGCACACAUGUGUUGUAAAUAAUGUACAAAAAUGGACUGUAAGAUAUUUGAGAGAUAACAUUUGUGACAAAGAAUAAUUUAAGAAUUUGACCAAUUCUCUGUAAAGAAUAAAGAAGAAUGUGCCAAGUAACAAUUUGACCGGUUUCCUAGUGCCAUAUUUGCAUGACGUAUGUCUAAAGAGCAGUUUUAUUGUAAACAAAAACAUUCACAAACUAACAAUUGUUUGGUUACAGAAAAUUAAAUGAAUGUGGAUAAACAUUUUAUGUGUUCAGCUCAUGUUUUCUAUUAUUUAGUGCCCCUCUCAAGAAAAACAUUGUUGUUGUUUUUUUCUUGAGUCAUUGUACAAGAAACUAAACAUGAGCUGUUUUAUGUUAUGCUGGUUGAAUGAUUCUGGAUUGUCCCAAAAAAAAGUGUUUAUGCUUAAGAUUGUACCAUCAGUGACGCCUAAUAAAACCUGUUUACAACUGUC